AUGGGAAAAUGGUCGAAUUCCACAAUCCCCCCCGUCGUGACGAUAUUCUUAGCCAAGACCGAGUUGGUGGUCGCCAUGGCCAUGAUUCUCGAUCCCACUCGCCUUGCAUCUGUGCCCGCGAGCCCCGCUCCCGAGAAUGACACUCCGCCCUCCCACGCGGUCACCGUCGCCCCUGCGGUGGAACGGCGCCUGGGUCGUCGCGGCGUGGCGUUUAUCGGCCCAGCAUGUCAUUUGCUUGCCUUUGCCGUCAUCUCAACACGUCCCCCCUUCCCAGUGCUGGUGAUAAUGUACAUCUUUGUCGGACUGGGUAGCGGGAAAGGCUCGUAAUGAGAUCGGUCGACCGAGUAUACUAGACAUCGGGCAACGCCCACAUCUCGGGGUCGGGCUCAACGUUCUGAUGCAAAGGCCGAAACGACCGUUACGAUACGUGGUGUUUCGGUCCGAUACACGGCUUUAGAGGAGAAAAGUUUAAACUGAUCCUCGGCGCGAGGGCAUGACAAGUUGAGGGAUGUCUGCUGACCAGAAGAUUGGAUUGCAGGCAGAAGAAAGCAAGCAAGGGAAAAACAAUUGGAUCCCGUUUGUGGAUACCCCAGAUCAUAGUUUCUUUUUGUUUUUUUUUCUAAAUUGAAGAAAUGUAGCGAAAUACCUUGACCGUCAAAUG